AAAAAAAAAAAAAAAAAAAGACAGUCCCUUUUUUAAAAGCGAUCUCAGCCCAAAAGCGGGAUCAAAAGGUAAAAACUUUCCCUUUUUUUUUUUUUAUUAAACCUUACCAUGCCUCCCAAGAAGAGUAUUCAACGUACCAGUAAUAAAGUUGCCCCUAAGGGACCUUCCAAGGCUUCCAAGGGUAAGAAGCAAACAACACCUGUAGAUAAUAAACCCAAGAAAACCAAGGAGCAAAAGGAAAAGGAAAAGAUACCUGAAUAUGUGGAAGUACCAGAGAACGAUAAUGACAUGGCUAUUUCUGAUGAGGAUAUGGAAUUCUUUGCUGAAAAUAAGGCUUCACUUUCCUUUUUGACAGGUAUGGACAGCAAGGAAAUCACCAGAAACGUCAUUAAAAAGAAAAAGGUGGCUGUGAAAAAACCCAUUGCUAAAAAGGAAGAAGAAAAGGAAGGUUUGGACUCUUCUGCCUCUGAAGACGAAGUAUUUAACUCGGACGAUGAAUUGGAUCAGUUUGAGGAAUUAAGUGACAGUGAAUUGUUAAUGGUACCCGAGAUUAGCGAUGAAGACGAUUUAGACGACGAUGACAUGGACCAAUUAUUAGCCAUGUCAGAGGAAAAGAAACCCAACCCCAAGAAAAAGAAGGCCGCUAAACAAGCCAACGAAUCUGACGAAGAAAUGGAUUAUGAGAGUAAGCCAAGAAAGAUUGCCAGUGAAUGGAGUCGUAAAGACUAUCACACAAAGUUACCUAUCAAGUUGCCUGGUGGUAAACUUCAUCAAAUGGCUGAACCUCAAGAAGGUGAUUCCUCUGAUGAAGAAGAAGUCGAAAAGGAGGUUGUACCUGUUGUUGAAAAAGUAGAAGAAAAAGUGGAAGAAGAGGAAGAACAACCUAGAUUAAGCAAAAAGGAGUAUCUUUUAAAGAAGAAGGAAGAAUUAGCCUUGAUUGCUGGUAAUCUUCAAGGUGAUCCUGAGGAAUAUGUGGGUCAAUUGAGAACUCUUCGUUCCAUCUACAGAGAUCGUAAUGUCACUGUCAAGAAAUUGGCUUUACUCACUCAAUUGGCUGUUUACAAGGAUAUCAUUCCUGGCUAUCGUAUUCGUCCCUUGACUGCUGUAGAAGAGGAAGUUCAAGUCUCGAGAGAUAUUAAAAAGAUGCGAGAAUAUGAAAAGUCCUUGCUUGCUAAUUAUGAAUUGUAUUUGAAGGAUUUGAACAUGCUGUUAUCUAGAAAAAAGACAGAGGAAGAUGCUUCAUUGGCGUUUGUGGCUACACGUUGUUUAUGUGAACUGUUGAUUGCCAAGACACAUUUUAAUUUCCGUUUAGAGAUUAUGGUUGCUGUUGUGACACGUAUGAGUACGAUCAAGUGGAACGAAGCAGCGCAAUUAUGUAGCGAGACUUUAAUUACGAUUUUUGAAAAUGAUGUGUCUGGUCGAUCUUCGUUGGAUGCGGUCAAGAUGAUUAUUCGCAUGGUCAAGUCUAAGGGUUAUGCCAUUAAUGAAAAUGUCAUUAACGUGUUCUUGCAUCUCCGUCUCAAGGAUGAGAUGGCUCAUAAUUAUUCUGCCUCAAACAAUGAAGAGGUUGGACAAAAGCGAAAGAAUAACCACAAGCCUUUCAUGACCAAAAAGGCCAGAAAGACUAUGAAGGAAACCAAGGAGAUUGAGAAGGAGUUUCAAGAAGCUGAAGCGGUUGUUAGCAAAGAAGAAAAGGAUAAAAACCACACGGAAACUUUAAAAUUGAUCUUUGCGUUCUAUUUCAGAAUCUUAAAGAAACAAACUUCAUCACCUCUUUUACCAGCCGUAUUAGAAGGACUUUCUCGAUUUGCACAUUUAAUCAGUGUUGAUUUCUUUGAUGAUCUCUUAAACGCACUUCGUGAUGUGAUGCACUCCUUUGAAGAUUCCAAUGAUAUCUCUCGUACGAGUUCUGGUACACGUAAGCGAUUACUUUGUAUUAUUACAGCCUUUGAAUUAUUGUCUGGACAAGGAGAAGCUUUUAAUUAUGACUUGAAGGAUUUCUACACUGAAAUUUACAAUAUCCUUUUUAAGGCCACCUUUCAUACCAAGAUUGAAGAGAAACCUGAUUCUCAAAAGCAGACCGAGAGUGAAAUGUUGAUCAAGGGUCUUGAAUUGAUGUUUUUAAAGAAACGCCAAAUUCCUGUGAAUCGAUUAGCUGCUUUUACCAAGAGAUUUGCCUUGGUUGCACUAAAUAUGCCUAACAAGACUGUAUUACAAUGUUUGGCUUUAGUUGAUAGACUUGUACAGAAAGACCACCGUUUAGAUGCACUUUUGCAGUCGGAAGAUAGAGCGUCCAGUGGUAUCUAUGCACCAUUAUUACAAGAUCCCGAACUUUGUAAUCCCUUUGGUACAAGUUUAUAUGAGCUUUUCCUCUACCAGAAUCAUUACGAUCCCAAUGUGAGAGCCAUUGCCAAAGCCUUACAAAAGGGUAAUUAGAUAAUAAAUAAAUAAAUAAAAAAAUAGGGGAGACUACAGAAAAAAGUACGGUUGAUAUCGGAUAAAGGGGGGGAACCAAGUUAAACAUAAAG